AUGCCCAGAAAGAAGUCGGCUACCAAGAGGGCCAAAGAAGAAGCAUUAAAGCACACUAAGGAAGAUAUUCACUCAGUGGCUGUCGCAAGAGAGAAAACUCUAGCGGCAGCUCAAGAUCCAGUUUCAGAAUCGGAAUCAGAACCCACUUCCUCAGAGGAAGAGGAAGAGGAAGAGGAGGACGAAUAUGGAGACUUGAUUACCGAUGAAGUAGAACAGGGUAUCAGCAAGGUAUUAUCAAAGAUAAGAUCAGACCCAAAAUCACUCCUUGACCCGAAUGUCAAGUUUUUCAAGGACCCGGAAUCCGAUGAUAUACUUGUCAAAAAGCAAGGGGAAAAGCCAAUGUUUUUGAAAGAUUACCAUCGUCAAAACUUGAUUGAUGGGUCGUACAAGGAGUUUGAUGAGAAUGAAACUGUAGAUGGUGUGAAAUCAUUUGCAACUGAGCAAAGGGAAGAAAGGAAUAAAUUGCUUAAUGACAUAAACAGUGCUUUCGAUGUAGAAGAGGACGAAGAUGAUGAAGAUGAUGGUUUCAUGAAAAAGAAAGAGAAAGAGGAAGAAGAACAGGGAAGCACCCAGAAGUUACCUGACCCCGAGAAGGAUCAAAAUGCGUUUCUUUCGGCCUUUUUAGACCAGAAGGCGUGGAUACCUAAAAAGGGAGACAAAGUGAUUGAUCUUGAUCAAAUAGAUAGAAACGAUGAAGAAGAUUUUGAUAACGCAGUAGAAGAUUUUGAGAAAGCUUACAACUUUAGAUAUGAAGAUGCUAAUUCAACGGAGAUUAUUUCCUACGCAAGAAAUCAAGCCACUUUACGAAGGUCCAACACAAAUUCACGUAAAAGGGCUAGAGAGAAAGCACAUGAGGAGAAGCGCAAAGCAGAGGAGCAAAAGGCUGAAUUGUUGAGGAAAAAGAAGACUGCAAAGUUGAACCAGGUUGUUGAUCGAUUUGCGAAAAUAAAAGAAGCUGUUGGAGAUGAGGUUAGCGACGAAGUUAUUCAAAAGGUGUUUGGUGACUCUUUGUUAAACGAAGAUUUUGAUGAUGCUGACUGGGACAACAAAAUGGCGGAAAUAUUCAACGAGCAGUAUUACGGAACAGAAGUUGAAAAACCAACUUGGGACGAUGAUCUAAUGGAGGGUAUGGACGAGAGCACCGACCUGGAGGAGCAAGUCAAACAGGAUGAGGAUGAGGGUGAGGAUGACGCUGUAGAAGCACCUCCACAAAAGAAGGCAAAGAAAGAGAUCUUGAUGGAGAAGAAGUCGUUGAAGAAAGAAAAAGAGUCCUUGAGGAGUAAGGCACAAGAGAUUAUUGAAGCAAACACGAUCAGAUUGCAAGAAGAGGUUGAAGAAGAAGAAGAAGAAAGGGGUCGCAAGAAAGAUGAGGGCGAAUUGAAAUUCAAAUAUAGAGAAGUUUCCCCUGAGACCUUUGGCUUGUCUACUAGAGAAAUUUUACUUGCCGACGACAAACAACUAAACAGCUUUAUUGGAAUCAAGAAAUUCGCACCUUACCGACCAAAGGAACUACGUCUCAAGGACAAACGUAAGUACGCCAAGAAGAGACAUCUACAAGAAUGGAGAAAGGAAACUUUCAGAAAUUUACACGUGCCAGAAGGUGCAAAAGAAGAUGAAAUUUGGGUACCUGCUGCAGGGGAACAAAAAGACACUAAGCGCCGCCAUAAAUCUAAGUAG